GCACAGAUUAACAACGAUCACCUGCGUGAUGUUAUGUUAUGUGACAAUUUAGCGCGUGCGUCACGUCGCCAGGAGAAAACCUUUAAUGUUCGGGUGCUGCAGCAGACCAACAGUCGCCCCCCCCCCCCCCAAGCCAGCACUCAACUCUCCCUCUCUGGACCGUGCAGCGGACUCCCUCUCUUCCGGUGAUCCUCUUAAACAGACCGAGCCCGAACCCAGACGGGAAUGCCAUUCUUUCUUUUUUAUUCCAUCUCUCCGUCGGGACAAGUUAAGUAGUUGCAACUCGUCAACGCAUGCGUGCACUUAGUAAAACAUGGAAUAAACGGGAACUCAGCUGCUGCGCUUGAAUGAGAAGAGGAGUUCUAUGGCGCUUGACCAAAAAACAUCAACAAAAACACUUUUUUUUUUAAAACCCCUUUCGCGGUAAAUCGUGCGCAAAUUUAAUUUCAGCCAGGACCUGUGUUUCAUUUCUUUAGGCACCCCUGACUUGUCUUAAUGGCACUCAGACCCGUGUAUAAGUAGUAGUCUGGUAGAUUCCCAUCGCAGUGACGCCUGUUUGUCGGAUGUCUUUGCCUCAGAGCUGUAAAUCAGCAGAUAUGGACAAACACAAUGCGCCAAAGCUGACGGGGUAAAAACCUCUCUUGUGGUCACUGUCACAACAACCGGGCAACCUUCAACUUCAAGGACCUGAAAAAAAAAAUAGAUUUAUUUUUUUAUUUGCCUCCCACCAUCCUGAGGUAAACUUUUCCUCUCCCCGGCUCUCCUGCCUCUCUCCUUCCCCUCUCUGGGUGAUUUCUCAGCGGGAUUUCUAUGAAGCGACGCCUCGGGUGACUAGAUUUAGUUGGAGUUUGCUCUGCUUCCAGAGGGGCAUCAUGUGGACUUCCACGGAGGACGAGAAAAUCGGCGUUGUCAUCUGCAACUUCCGAGGCUCAGUGACUCAGGGUUUGGCUCUGGAGGUGGGAGAGACGGUGCAGAUCUUGGAAAAAUGUGAAGGGUGGUACAGAGGAUUCUCUACCAGGAAGCCGAAUGUCAAGGGAGUUUUUCCGGCCAGCUACAUUCACUUGAAGAAAGCCAUUGUUACCAACAGAGGGCCUCACGAGACAGUGAUCCCCCUGGAAGACCCAAUUGUUACGGAGGUGACAUUGACUCUUCAGGAAUGGGCCUUACUAUGGAAACAACUCUAUGUGGUAAGCACAAAACUGUGUACAACUACUUAA